AUGGUAAUGAUGCGCUACGUGCUGUGUAUCCUCGCUCUCCUGCUCUCAUGUGCGUGUGUGCACGUCCUCGCUGAAGAAGUGCCUGCCGCCGAUCUUUCCGACCAAGUCCCUGAUACGGAGAGUGAGACGAAGAUUCUUCUUCAAGGUACUCCUGUCCAUGGUGCCGCUGGUCAGGAGCCUCAUAAAGAGAAAGAAACGUUGACAGGUACUCGGAAAACAGAAUGUGAGGGAACAACUGGUGAGGAAGCAGAGAAGGAACACUGCAAAACACCACCCACGGUGGUGUCUAACCCAGAAGAAGUUCAAAUGGUACAGGAAGAACAAACUGACAGCCGUAAAGAUCUGCAAAACAAUGCAAGCCAACCUGGAAGUGGUCAUGGUGAUUCCACGGCAGUAAAGAACAGAGAACAAACUGGACAAAGGGAGGGAAAUGAACAAGAUGGAGGUCCGGAAGGUAACAAAAGGAACCAACAACAAUCUGUCAGUGGACCAGAAACAGUUACAUCUGGAAGAACACAAGUCCCCAGUAGCAGGGAUCAAGACACACCAGAGCGACAGGCACAGGGAAGUAAUACACAACCUCAAGAAGAUCGAAACACACAACCUUCUUCUUCUGUAAACCAAUCCGGCAAUUCGGAAACAGAGAAUGCCACUGAAACUGAUAAUGGAGCGAAUGGAAAUAUUGCCACAAAUGCGCAGAGUGCGUCCACAAGCAACGAAGAAAGUCUUGAAGGUAAUACAGAUACACCCACCACUACCACCACCACCACCACAACAACAACAACAACACUUCCUCCUGAACUCACAAACAACAAGAAGGGUGAUGCAGACAGCAGCAGCAGUAUCAGCAGUUCUGUGUGGGUGCGUGUACCACUACUGAUUGUGGUUACACUGGCCUGUAUUCUUGUGUACUGA